CUGUGUGUGUCUCUGUCCUGCCAGCACUGAGGUCUCAUCCAUUUGCAAAGCUGAAAGGAGACAGAGGAGACGCCAUGACGCCCACCCUCACAGCCUUGCUCUGCUUUGGGCUGAGUCUGGGCCCCAGAACCCACGUGCAGGCAGGGCCCCUCCCCAAACCCACCCUCUGGGCUGAGCCAGGCUCUGUGAUCAUCUGGGGGAGCCCCGUGACCAUUUGGUGUCGGGGGAACCUGGAGGCCCAGGAGUACCGUCUGUAUAAAGAGGGAGGCACAGAGCCCCGGGACACACAGAAACCACUGGAGCCCAAGAACAAGGCCAGAUUCUCCAUCCCAUACACGACAGAGCACCAUGCAGGGAGAUUUCACUGUUACUAUUACAGCCCUACAGGCUGGUCAGAGCCCAGCGACCCCCUGGAGCUGGUGGUGACAGGAGCCUACAACAAACCCACCCUCUCAGCCCUGCCCAGCCCUGUGGUGGCCUCAGGAGGGAACGUGACCCUCCGAUGUGGCUCACAGCGGGGAUAUCAGCAUUUUGUUCUGAUUGAGGAAGGAGAACACAGGCUCCCCCGGACCCUGGACUCACAGCAGCUCCACAGUGGGCAGUUCCAGGCCCUGUUCCCUGUGGGCCCCGUGACCCCCAGCCACAGGUGGACGUUCAGAUGCUAUGGAUACUACAGCAACACCUCCCAGGUGUGGUCCCACCGCAGUGACCCCCUGGAGAUUCUGGCCUCAGGCGUGUCUAGGAAGCCCUCCCUCCUGACCCUGCAGGGCCCUGUCGUGGCCCCUGGAGAGAAUCUGACCCUCCAGUGUCGCUCUGAUGUGGACUAUGACAGAUUCACUCUGCACAAGGCGGGGCAACGUACCUUUCUCCAGCGCCCUGGUCAGCAGUCCCAGGCCGGGCUCUCCCAGGCCAACUUCACCCUGGGCCCUGUGAGGGGCUCCCACGGGGGCCAGUACAGAUGCUACGGUGCACACAACCUCUCCUCCGAGUGGUCGGCCCCCAGUGACCCCCUGGACAUCCUGAUAGCAGGACAGAUCCGUGCCAGACCCUCCCUCUUGGUGCAGUUGUGGCCCACGGUGGUCUCAGGAGAGAAGGUGACCCUGCUGUGUCAAUCACAAGAGUGGAUGGACACUUUCCUUCUGACCAAGGAGGGGGCAGCGCAUCCCCCGCUGCAUCUGAGAUCAAAGCACGAAGCUCCUAUGUACCAGGCUGAAUUCCCCAUGAGUCCUGUGACGACAGCCCACGCGGGAACCUACAGGUGCUACGGCUCACGCAGCUCCAACCCCCAUCUGCUGUCUCCCCCCAGUGACCCACUGGAGCUCGUGGUCUCAGCCUCGCACCCCCAGGAUUACACAGUGGAGAAUCUCAUCCGCAUGGGCGUGGCUGGCUUGGUCCUGGUGGUCCUCGGGAUUCUGUUAUUUGAGGCUCGGCAUAGCUGGAGAAGCUUCCCAAGAUGCAGCCGGGAGGUGAACAACAGAGAGGAUAAUGGACCUUUCGGAGUCACGAAGCCUCAGGAACAGAUCUGAUGAUCCCAGGAGGUUCUGGAAGAAAAUCUAGGGCCAAUGCUAUCUGGAUUGUCUGCUGCUCGUUUCUAGAGGAAGGAACCAAUGUUUGAGUGCAGGGACAUUUUCUGGGGUAAUCCAUGGAGAA